CUGCGCACCUACCGACAUCACCACUAGGUCUGUCGAUCGUCCACGUUGUUCUGACCGCACACAUUCACACACCGUUCGCCAGCGUAACUCGUCGUCAUUGCCAGACGUACGGCUCUCGACGGUUGUCGACCAUACACACACUGUAAUCGUGUUUGUUUUUUUAUUAAUAUUUUAUCAUACGGUUUGCUGUGAUCCCGGCGAACACGUCGUUCACAUUUUCCAUUAGUGCGGAUUUCUCGUGACGUUUACGACGGCGACGCUCGACUGUACGCGCGCGCCGCACGGGCCAACGGUGUCCGGACGUGGUGGCACGACGUUUCUUCAGUGGCCGAUCGGGCUCGCUGCGGUGGCCGCAGACCAUAGGAUGACCGUGCACGACCUGACAGCCGCUUCUGCUGCAGCCGGUGGUACAAUGCCGCUCCAUCACCUGGGCAGAUCCAGGUUCAUGAUUACCGACAUACUGUCGGACAGCGGCCGCGGGAACGGUUCGCCGGUUUCGCCGGCCUCGUCCACGGACGGGCCCAGGGAUCUAUCGUUGCACGGCCGCUCUUCCGGUGCAAGUUUGGCGGCCGGAAACAACAACGGCGGUAUCGGUUCAGGCAUUGGCCACGUGAAUGACUCGGACUUGAGUGACGACCACGAAAGUGGCACUGAUAGCGGAUUGCCCGGCGACAACUCAUCGGUCUGCUCUAAUGGUCACAGAGACGAAGACGGAAGGAAUUCAGGUUCGAACUUGAGCAAAAAACAAAGAAAGGCCAGGACGGCGUUCACCGACCAUCAGCUACAAACGCUCGAGAAGAGCUUCGAAAGGCAAAAGUACUUGAGCGUCCAGGACCGCAUGGAAUUGGCCGCCAAACUGAACUUAUCCGACACGCAAGUCAAGACCUGGUACCAAAACAGAAGGACCAAGUGGAAACGACAAACAGCAGUUGGUUUGGAAUUGUUGGCCGAGGCUGGCAACUAUGCCGCUUUCCAACGGCUCUACGGAGGACCGCCGUACGGCUGUUGGCCUUAUCCAGGAGGUGCCGCAGGGGCGGGUGGUAGUGGCUCUGGCCCCGGCAGCGCCCCGUCGGCCGCCGACUUGUAUUACCGACAAGCCGCCGUAGCCGCAGCGGCCGUAUCCACGCUACAGAAGCCGUUGGCGUACCGACUGUACCCGGGUAUGGCCGGCGGUCCUGGAGCCGGUGGACACCAUAUACCGCCACCGCCACCGCCGACUCUGGCGCACCCACUUUACUACGGUGUCCAUCACCCCGCAGCGAUGCCACACAUGCCAGGCGGCCGCAGCCCGACACCUGAACCGCACAGGUCUGCCCACGCUUCCCCCAGGUCCAUGGACAGCAGGCCCGGGUCCGUAGACGUUGAAGACGAUCGUUCUAUCGACUCGCCCACUGUGGACGUCUAAUACACGAUCUGCACGCAACCAUCACGGGGACACAACACACAAACACACACAUACACACCAUUACCUAGUCGUCGUUUUUCUCCUUAGUUUUAAAACAUUGUACUUAAUGUUUUUUUGUAUGUUACAACUGUACAUUAUUAUCAUUUUGCGUUUUAUUAUUAUUGUAUACUCUCUAAAGUAUUUCGUCGACCGGAAGCCGCAAUUUUUUAAUUGUACCGUACGAGUACAAAAAUACAUUGACUUAUUAUAAUUUACAUUUAAUCUCAUCGCUUUUACCGCGAAAUAAAAGUAAAAAUUAUAUCGAUUAAUGAAUUAUUAAUAUCGUUUAUAGUGAAAAAUAUCGCAAUUUAAUUAUUCAUGUACCGGUUGUGAGUUGUUCAAUAAUAAUAAUACAUACUCUUGUUUUUGUUACUGAGUAGUUCAUAGUUAUUUUUGUAAAUAAUAGAAAGCAUUGGUGUAUUAUUAGAGACUUAAACGGCCGAUUCUCAUUUUGGACGUUCUGUUCAAAUAAUAUUAAAUAAAUUAUGAAAACUCUGCUUACAACUUUAAUGAUUAAUAAUAGAUUAUAAAUUAUUUUAAUUAAUUAAACGGAUAGAACAAAUUGAAAAAAAAACACAUUUUUUUUUUAUUUAUUUAUAUAUUAGGCUGUUAAGUAUAUACAUAGUAUUAUUAUUUAUAUAUAUAUAUAUGACAAAAUGUAAUAUGUUAUAUACGUAACAAAAUAAAAUUGUGCAAUGUUAUAUGUAAUUAGGCAUAUGUAUUUUUUAAUAUAAAAAUAGUUGUUUAGGUUAUAGAGAUCAGUACGUGUAGUCAAGUCGAUUUGACAGUGCCAAAAAAUUAGUGCAAAAUUUUGAACGCUUCGUUAUAAUUAUUUAUGUACAUUAUUUACUGUUACUAUAUUAUAUACAUCAUAUGUACGCCACGGGGAAAUAUCGUUUUCCAACCGACAUAAACUCUAUGCGAGUGCAAACUGGUCGUACUUACCUAUUCUAUUUACAAUAUUAUAAGUAUUCGAUGUACUAUUUCUAUAUAUAUAUAUAAAUAUGAGUAUAUUAUUUAUAUACAUUUAUUGAUCCGAUUGAACGUGUAAAUAUUUAAAUUUUCGUUACAUCAAAAAUAAAUAAUAU